AUGGGGGCACUGGCCUUUUCCAGUAUCACCAGGGUGUUGACUGCAGGGGCCCUUCCACUUGCUCUCUGUGCGGCCUGGAUCUCAUCCUUCCAGACAGUUGCUCUCACCCUGGAGUCUGUCCUGCCCUUCUGCCGCUUCCCUGUAAGUGUCAGCCGUCGUCUCUUUGUUGACCCGCAGGUGGGAUGGAUGCUCAUGGGGCGGUACAGUGGGGGUCUCACCCUCACUCCAGGCUGUCAUGUGUCGGUUCUGAAAUUUACAGAAAGUGGCCACAACCCAAGUGCCCAUCGACGGAUGAUGGAGAAACAAAAUGCUGUCUGCGUGCGAUGCAGUCCUAAGUGUGGAGUCCUGGAGGUUUUAGCUCAUCCUGGUGCUCACAUGUCUCUGAGCUUGAAAUUAACUAAGACGAAUGUAAGAUUUCAAGCAGUGUUUUGA